UCUUUGAGUAUAUUUAUUUAGUUUAAUAGUUGACUGACUACAUAGUGGAAGCAGGAGGGAGCAUUGGCAAUUAAUUCAGAUAUACAUAUUGCCACUGUCACUGCCACAAUCCACAGCCACUAUACAAAUUCGCUCGCCCACGUAUCCUAUAAUAUCGUAGCUUGUUUGUUUUUAGUACCUGGCACAUUGUCUCGUUGGCUUUGCGUCGCGGAAAAACAUUCACGUUCCGAUUUCUGUGAAGGCCAAGGUGGAAUGUUCCGUUCGCUAGAAUUUCCUGUCAUUCCAAUUCAUUUGUAAGAUUCGAAUUUUAUAUAGUUCGCACUUAGCAUUCAAGCGGUCGCGUCUUGUUUAUAAUAUCUUACCGCUAACUAGAAAGAAUCGUAGACUAUAAUGGCUUCGGCUGGCACAAGUGUUCCACCACCAGCAGCAGCUGCUCCUCCUCCACCACCACCCCCGCCAGCGUCGACAGCUGGAAAAGGAAUACCAUCAAAAAUUUACAAUGCAUUGAUUGGAAGAGUUGAUAAAGUUGUGCCAGAUAAACUGCGUCCGCUAUGGCAGCAUCCCGCAGGUCCUAAGACAGUAUUUUUCUGGGCGCCAGCAUUCAAAUGGGGUCUUGUGAUCGCUGGUUUGAGUGAUUUGGCGAGGCCAGCAGAUCAACUAUCAGUACCACAAUGUGCGGCUUUAGCAGCAACCGGAAUCAUUUGGUCACGGUACUCACUUGUCAUCAUUCCCAAAAACUAUAGUUUAUUCUCCGUCAAUGUAUUUGUUGGAGGUGUUCAAGUUGUACAACUCAUUAGAGCUUACAAUGCCUCCAAGGAAGCAAAAUAGAAAGCAUGCCAAAUAUAUUAAUAAGUCUACAAGAUAAACAUCACGUUAAAUAUCUUAUAGUUAUCAAAUUUGCGUGUUCUUCUAUAUGUGAUGAUUAAAUUUGUAAAUAAAUGAGUAUACAAUCAAAACGAAAAAUAUAUAAAACGUAGAUUGUUUAACAAUGAUGAAGCACAAUUUAACGGUACUUUAAUUAAUUCUUAACUUGUUGAUUGAUUAUACAAAAGUGUGCUUAGACCAAUAUAGAAAUUAGAUUAUAAAAAAAUUUACGAAGCAACGAUUUAAUUGUUGUAUCUAAACUAUAUUUACAUAAACUUGUGAUUAGGUAUUAUAAAAACCCAAUAUCAUAGAUUUAUUUAUCUAUCUUGCCUGUAGUGUGCAAAUCUGUGAAUAUAUAAAUAUUAGAUAUAUGUACAUAUAAAUAAGAUGGCGCUACAGUCUGGGUCGCAAUUGGCCUAUAUUAUCUAUUAGAUACAAAGUUAAAAAUAAGAAUAAUGUUUAUUGUAAAUAAACAGGAAGCAACAACUGUGAACAAUAAAAUAAUUCAGAAUUAAGAAACAGAA